CGAUCUCAGAGACGACCAGCCUCCUUUGUUUUACGUCUCGCCACACACAUACACUCUACCAAAGAUAAGAAGGCAAUCCCAGGGGUACACGGUUCUAUUCUUUAUGCGCCUCAUGGGCAACCGGCUGUCGAGCAGUUCUCCGGGGGCUUGGCCUUUCCCCGUUAUGUCUCGUGCAACACACAUUUUCACCUCAGCCACACAGCUGAACUUUGUCUUCUCUCCGUAUCGCUCUCUACUCGCGUUCUGAGUGAGCGGUUCAGCCGUCCCCGUCUAUUUGAGUGUAUAAAACCGGCGAACCAUCGACGCGUGCGUCGUCUUUGUCCGUGAUUUUUUUCGCUGUUCCGUCUCGCUGCUCUCUCUGUUCUCACUCUCUUACGCUCCGUGGGGCUAGCUGUUUCUCUCGCUCGCGAACCCAGAGGAUGGAACGCUUCCACUUUUCCCUUUCUUCCGUCUCCCGGGCUUCGCCGGCUUCGUCCGCCUCGCAUCUUCAGCUUUUUCGCCUCUCUUCCUCCAGAUUCUGCUCCAGUGUACAAUGACGUCGAUCCACGCAGGAAACAGGCGUCCGGUCCGGCCGCCUUCAUCGGCCUGCCUGCUCGCUUUGUUCCUCUCUGCGUCUACCCUGACCUUUUGGCUUGGACGCUCCGCAGUGGCGCGAGGGCCUGCUGGGACAGAUGAGCGGCUUGCGGCGAGUUGCUCUUUCUGGUCGACUUUUCCGGUCGUGUACGCGCGUGCAGAGGCUGACGCCGCACCUCUGUGUCGGGAAGGAUGGAAUGAACUCGAGGCAGAUCCGAAGAAAACGCGAGACUCCCUGCGUGUCUCCAGUUGCCCUCGAGAGGGCGAGGAGCCACGCGAGACAGUUCCAGUUGUCGCUGGACUCGACACAGGAAACGCAGAACCGACAGUCUUGCAGAUUCCGUUCUGGACAGUGCCAUGGAUUGACGGGAAGGCCCCUUCCCUUGGGGUACAGGAGAAUCUCUCUCCCGCGUCCGAUUGCCCCCUCUGUCACCUGUUUCGUGUCUCGAGAGGAGGCAUGUCCGGAGAACCUGUAGACGCGGCUUCGUCGGGGGACUCUGCGGCCCCUCCCUUCUUUUCCUCGUCGGUUUCGGCAUACCUGUGGACUCUGCUGUCUCCACUUCCCCGAGUGCUUCCAGACGUCCAGCUGUACAAUGUGCCUUUGCGGCCGGAAGCGUGCGUCUUCCUGCCUCUACCUGCCUUCUUCCUCGCUCCCAGGGCGCGGUACGGCUUCAAGGAGUCUCACCUCGGAGCUGCGCCCGUGCAUGACCUCCGCGUUCGAGUCCAUGGAAAAGCAGAAAUCUGUCGGGCUGCUGCAGUGUCAGUGCGCGAGCAACUCCGGAGAAAUGCCAAAGGCACACAGCAGCGAAGAAUUGUAGAAGAUGACGGGCAAGCUGACGAGGGAGGCGGGUCCGAGCGAGAGCUGCCGGGCUCUCCUGGAGCAGCCGCUGGUGCUGAGAGCGGAAAACGCCGCCGUCAGGGGAGGCGACAGAGUGACAACCCGGACAAUGAGAAAAGAGGUGGAGGCGAAGCAGCCAAUGAAGAGGAACGCUCGAAUUUCGAUUUGACCGCUGCACAGCAACAGCAACUCGUCUCUUGGUUUGGUUCUGAGUGCGGACCGUUCCUCGACUCCGAACCGUCCAGCGUUCUUCCGAGCAAGUCCGGGACAGCGGCAGAAGCCAACGUAACAUCGUCCGGCCAGCACGAGAAGGGAGCCAGCUCCCAGUGGCAAGAAUUCCGGAAUCGGUUUGCUAGAAAGUGGACCGUUCGAAACGUCUCAAGCGCGAUCCUCGACGCGGUGCUCCCGUGGACGUUCACCGCAGGCGACAGCGGGACACUCUACAGCGCAACUGCUGAAACACCGUUGGUUCCUUUCUUUUUCUCGGCGGAUUCCCCAAACAAAUCGAAUGGAGAGAAGCCGACCUCUUCGGAUGCAGGAGUCGAGGGCGCGGAGGGUCGAACUCCGGAAGAAAACCCCGGUUCUUUCGACGGUUUUAUCGUCGAGGUGUGCGCAGCCAAGAGAGGACGGUCGUUCGACCCGGUGUACAUACACCUCCCGUUUCUGUUCAAUUUGGUGCUUCUCGAAUAUCCGUUUGGAGUCGCGCCACUUGUCUUCACUAUUGUGGAAUCCGUGCUCUUCGCUUUGCUGCUCACUGUGCUUGCUCUGUGGUGGGUCCACGGCAAGUCCUUUUUCUUCGGAAGUUUCCUCUCUGUCGAUACAGCUAACCAGGAAAAAUCUGUGUAAAGUGACCAUGCCUGCGUUUGCUGAUGAAACACUGAAACGGCUGC